CACAAAUAGUAUAAAUAAAAUUUACAGAUAUAAAAGAGUAGAAAGUUAGCAGUUUAGUUCACAUGUUGAGAAUCACAAAGCGCAAUAUGGAGCAUAAGAAUUGUGAUUUCCAACUAGCAGUGUUCAUCAUCUUCCCAUGCCUCGGUUUAAUCCUAACCUUCAACUACUUCAUCUCAUUCAUCACAUGGAUCUUCAAGAUGUGCCUCCGAUCUGAAAAGCACCUCAUCAAAUCCUACGGUUCAUGGGCUAUAAUCACCGGAGCAACCGAUGGCAUCGGAAAAGCCUUCGCUUACCAACUAGCACACAGAAAUCUCAACCUAAUUAUCGUCAGUAGAAAUUCAAAGAAACUCGAAACAGUUGAAAACGAAAUCAAAACAAAAUACCCUCACGUUCAGAUUAAAACCAUCACUGUGGAUUUUUCCGGCGACAUUACGGUGGGUCUCCGGGAAAUAGAAGUUUUGGGACGUGAUUUGGAUGUUGGAAUUUUGAUUAACAAUGUGGGAAUUACUUAUCCUAAGGCUAUGUUCUUUCAUGAAGUGAAGGAGGAAAUGUGGAUGAAGAUUGUUAGUGUGAACAUUGAAAGUAUGAUGAGAGUAACGAAAGGUGUUUUGUGUGGGAUGAUGGAAAGGAAGAAGGGUAUGAUUGUAAAUGUUGGGUCUGGUGCAGGGGUACUAGUGCCUUCACAUCCUCUGUUUACAAUCUAUGCUGCAACUAAAGCGUAAGCUUUC